ACAUCCGUGACACAUCAGAAAAGGAGAACAAACAAUAAAGAAAAAAAAGACACAAAAGGGAAAAUGGCAAAAGCUAUUGUUCUCCUCUCUGCCCUUUGUUUUUUGGCCAUUGCCAACUUCGCCGUCGCUGAGCCCGAAGUCUUUGAUGUUGAAGGCAGAGUCUUCUGUGACACAUGCCGUCUUGGUUUCGCCACCACCCUUAGCGAGGCCAUUCAAGGUGCCACGGUGCGAUUGACAUGCAGAGACAUCGAGACACACAAUGAAACAUACUCAACAGAAGGCAAAACCGACAUGAUUGGCAAAUACACACUAACAGUAGAAGGUGAUCAUGAGAAUGACAUUUGCGAAGUAACAGUGGUGAAUAGCCCAAGAGAGGAUUGCAAAGAGAUAGUUUCUGAGUUGGUUAAAGGCAGAGUUGUGUGCAGUAAAAAUGUUGGAAUGCACAAUGCUGUUCGAUUUACUAACCCACUUUUCUUCCAAAAAGACAAGCCUGUACCUGGCUGCAAAGAGCUCGUUGAGGAGAUGGAGCUUGUUGAUCUCUUGUUACUCGAUGAUUGAACAAAAUUUAACUUUAAGAGACAAUAGCUUUUGCCCCUUUCGUCAUUCAUUUUGCAAUAAGAAAAAAAGAAUAAAUUGGAAUAGUGAACUUCUCCUGAAUGUGUACUCCCAUGGAAAAAGAAAAGAAAACUUUUUCCAAGAAGAUGAUCAUGUGGUAGCUUCUUAGAAAAUUUUGUGUUCCAUAAUUUGGUGUUACAAAUUGAUCAUAAUUUUGUGUCAUCAUUUUUUAAAUUUGGCAAUACUUACUAUGUAAUGAGAAGUUUUCUUUAACUUUAACUUUCUUCCUCAA